UCGUCGCUCUUCGUCUGCCGAAAAGACCCGAAGGGGAGAGGGUCUGCACUUCGUUGCUGCUGCUGACGUCGACCUCGCCGCCGUCUGUGCCUGGUUCGUCUUCGGUGCUUGUUGUUGGUCUUCCAAUCGUCGUCUUUUGCCCGCUUCGUCUUUUUCUCUGACGUUGUGCUUAGUCAUCGCUUUCCCUUCGCCCGUUUUUCUAGAAGAACUUUAAUAUUAAGCGUAAUUUUUGACUUUUUUUCUUUCUGAUUUUUCAACGACACAUCAAGCGACGCCAAAAGGGCUGAAAAGAUAGAGACAAAGAGCAGAUCAACAGCAUAUCUGAGUCAGCCAUGCUCGUGAGGCUGUUUACUCGUGUUCGGAGGAAACGUUCCCUCCCCCUAGUCCUUAAUGCUUGCGAGAUAUAAGCGUCGUCUCGUGGCAGGCCUCGCGUUUUCUGGUGCCGGGGUGGCAAGCCCUUGUUACAGACCGGCGGGGGCAUUUUUCUUCAUCUAUUCUCUUCUGGUCGCCGGUGGCUGCACUAGAGUGUGCGUCUAGUGAAGGGAGCCCCAGUCGAAUAAACGUUCAGCCCACUCAACCAGAGGCGACCCCGGCGGACAAGAAAAAAAAACGUGGUUCUACUCCAUGCAAGCCCCCAGCCUUGCGACGUCAGUAUCACCAACCCAACUAGUCAAGAAAACCGGCCUCUCUCUUCCUAUCAUCACUCCCUCCAUGCAUCGUGAUACAAGUAUCCACCUCCGAUCCUUGAAAGGGAGGGAAGGACACGUACAUGCAUCUGAUAUAUGGAGUGCCAGCCCGCGAAAAGAGGGAGGUGAAAGAGAAAAAAAAAGGGAUGGGGAAAAAAUAGUUACUUCGUGAACUGCGACAUCCGAAUGUCAAACUCGCUCCACUUCUCUACUUAGACAAGCGCCGAGGGUCGAGUCGCUUCUGAUUUUUAUGUCAUCUUUGCGGUGUGGAUUCAUGAUAAUAUUCUGGAAUUGAAUUUUGGGAUCUUUUUUCUUCCUCUUCGUCCAUCGCAUUAUGAUGCGUUUUGUCUCGUUGUCUUUCUUGCUUGUGGACGGCUGCAGCCAUGGUGUCUAACUCACAAUGCCAGUUUUUGACCUGGGUUUGGAAGGCCUCGCGUUCAAGAAAACAGCACCAUAUCGACCAUUAUCAGCAAAAGGCCUUCGGGAUCGAGAAAGAUUUUAACUUCUCCUCUUCGUCUAUAUCCUCUGAGGGCACAGAAAGACAGUCACUGGAUAAGAAUCACCAGCAUAUCUCCUCGCCAGCUAAAAUAUCGCUCGCUCGACUUAUUGCAAAUGAUGCUGCUGAAGCUGAUCGCCUGCUACUGGCAUGUAGGGAGCUCGGUGACUUCUACUUAGACCUAACGGCAGCAGGCCUUGGUGAGGAUGUCAUGUCCGAUGCAGACAGGUUAUUUAGUUUGGGAAGAGAUGUUUUCAACCUUCCAGAAGACGAAAAGAGGGAAUAUGAUAUGGUCAAGUUUGGCGGAUACUACGGAUAUAAAGGAUACCGCAACCGAGCACUUGACUUCAAAGAAUUCUACACCGUCUCAAAGGACGAGAUAUUGGGCAUUCAAAGUCCGACAAAAGUUCCCCAACCUCAACCUCAGUCUAUACAAUCAUCACUUCCUCUAAUACAAACCUAUAUCCGAAACUCCCACGCCAUAAUAUCGCUAAUCCUCGCUCGUCUAGCCUCGGCUUUGGAUCUACCGCCGGAGUCCUUGAAAAACAUUCACCGUCGCGACGCAAACAGCGGUGACCAGAUACGGUGGAUCAAGCUUCAGGCAAGCAAAGAAGCACGCCCGCCACCAGAGAAUGAUGUCUUGCUGGAUGAACAUUCUGAUUCAAACAGCGUCACACUAAUAUUCAACCAAUCGGGUGGACUGCAGUUCCGUUCGCCCCAGCCAGACUCUUCACUCCACAACCUCCCCAUACUCAGGGACAAUCCAUUAAUUACUACAACCACCACUACCACUACUACUCCUACCACCACGCCUCACACCACUAAUCCCACACCAUCUCCGGAACCCACAAUGGACUUCUCGGGGGGUCCCAAUCUCCCUGCUAACUGGAUACCCGCCAACCCUCUCCCUGGCCACUGCAUUAUCCUAAUGGGCGAACAGCUCGCCAAACUUACGGAAGGCGGCGUCCGAGCAAACGUACAUCGUGUAUGUGCUGUGCCCGGCAUGCAAGCCAGCAGCCCUCGGUACUCACUUGUCUACUUUUCUCGGCCUGAAGAUGACGUUAUCCUGAAACAACUUGCCGGGAUCCCCGUUGUCCCAAAACCAAUGACCGCGCACAAAAGCUCGCGUGAGCUUCCGAGCCAGUGCAAGCGAAUAGGCAAGGUAUUCGAGGGGAUGGGGUGGGUAAGGCCUUCGUCGCCUCGCUUCAAACAAAAGAGGUAG